UGUAGUUGAAAAUAUUCAGGAGCGGAGGUUGAAUCUGUUAAAUUUUUUUUGACGAUGUGAGGAGUUUUAUGAAGAACCGGCAACUUCUUGAAAGAUAAAUUAAUUCCUUUCUUGCGUAAAUAUCGCAAAAAGUUCUUAUGUGCUCCUCGUGGCUUGGUUUGUGCCUCAGUGUUGUCGGGGUUGAGUCAGUUUCAGCUGCAUUGCAUCAACAUGGGUGUGAUCGGUGUGCAGCUGGUGGUUACCAUGGUAAUGGCCAGUGUAAUACAAAAAAUCAUACCUCAUUAUUCCUUUGCAAGAUGGCUACUCUGCAGUGGCAGUCUGCGGUGGUAUCAGCACCCCACGGAAGAUGAGCUGAGGAGCUUAGCUGGGAAACAAAAAGGACAGAAGAAGAAAGACAGGAAGUAUAACGGUCACAUAGAAAAUAAGCCACUCACAGUACCCAAGGACAUAGAAUUACAGCUGGAGACAAAAUGCAUCACAGAAGUGGACACUUUAGCAUUGUACUACUUCCCUGAGUUUCAGUGGCUUGUGGAUUUCACAGUUGCAGCAACUGUGGUGUAUCUGAUAACAGAGCUGUACUACAGUGUGACUCAGCCCUCAGGAGAGAUGAACAUCAGUGUGGUGUGGUGCCUACUAGUACUCUCCUUUGUCAUUAAGACCCUCUUCUCUCUCACGGCACAUUAUUUCAAGCUGGAGGAAGGAGGCGAGCGGUCACUCUGCAUUACUUUUGCUUUUUUCUUUUUUGUCAAAGCCAUGGCCAUUCUCAUUGUCACUGAAAAUUACCUGGAGUUUGGAUUGGAGACCGGUUUUGCAAAUUUCUCAGACAGUGCUCUUCAGUUUUUGGAGCAUCAGGGGUUAGAGUCCCAGGGUCCCAUAUCUAAACUGACCUUCAAGCUGAUACUUGCUUUGCUCUGCUCCCUGAUUGGAGCAUUUCUAACAUUUCCUGGUCUGCGAUUGGCCCAGAUGCACCUAGAUGCGCUCAAUCUAACCACAGACAAAUGUACACAAACACUGCUCCAUAUCAACUUCCUGUCUCCUCUUAUCAUGGUUCUGCUGUGGGUGAAGCCCAUUACCAAGGACUACAUCUUGAACCCCACUCUGGGAAAGGAGAGUGUGCAUUUGAUGACUGAACAAACGUAUGAUACAUUGCGGUUAUGGGCCAUCCUGCUGCUGUGUGUGCUCCGGCUUGCAAUGAUGAGACAUCAUUUGCAGGCCUAUCUCAACCUGGCACAGAAGGGUGUUGACCAGAUGAAGAAGGAGGCAGGGCGCAUUAGUACUGUUGAUCUCCAGAAAAUGGUUGCACGUGUUUUUUAUUACUUGUGUGUCAUUGCACUACAGUAUGUGGCACCUCUGGUGAUGCUGCUGCAUACAACUUUGCUGCUAAAAACUUUAGGUGGAUACUCCUGGGUGGUCUACCCUGAAGAAGACCUGCCCUGUACCCAAGAAAUGUACUCAGCACCCGCAACAGAGCCUACCCCCCCAGUGGUGGGAGCAGGUGCCCGUUUGUCAGUCGCUCAGCUGUCAGUAGCCCUGGGAGGCCUGCAGACAGUUUUCAGCCCAUUACUUUUCCGUGGGCUCUUCUCUUUUUUUAUUUGGUGGAUUGCUGCCUGCCUUUUCUCCACAUCUCUGUUUGGUCUCUUCUACCAUCAGUAUCUCAUGGCAGCAUAGCGCUGCCAGAUGAGCACUGACAGACAGACUUGUACUUGGAAAGGACCGUGCGGGACAACAGAGGUCUAUUAAAAACAUUGCUCCACAACUACUCUUCCCACUGACCACAUCAUAAUAACUGAGCAUAUUAUCCAAGCUCCCUGUUCAACAUCAGUGCUUCCACCACAGAUCACUUUGUGAACUCUUGUCAUUGUUUUUACAUCUAGACCACUGCUUUUUAUUAGGACUAGUUUCUGGGUUAACAAUAAUUUUGAUGCUGUUAAUCUGACACUGAAAGGACAAUUUGGACAUUUGAUUUUUAUUAAAUUUUACUGAGGUGAAACUCUAUGUCAUAGCUACUGAUUACUACACACUAUAGGAAAGAUGCAGUGCUAACCAAUUUAGAAUCUUAAAAUAAAUUUAGUUUUUAAUGUAUAGUAAUUCUGAUCAAACAUCAAGAGCCUUGAUAUCACAACCAUAUUUUAGAUCAUUUAAGCCCUAAAUACACACUUUUAGCAAAAUGAUUACGAAUCACUUGUUUGCGAUGGACUUGGUUUUCAAUAUUUCACUUAUGUUAAUGUUUUUGGUUGAUACCUGUGUACUACCUGGACACUGGGGGGAAAAAAUCCUAGAAAUAUUUAUAUGGCACCUAAAUAGAUCCUUGUCAUUGGAUUGGUUGAUUGUGUAUGACGUGACUUUUUUUUCCCCCCAUUGUAUGAGCGACGUGGUGUACCGUGCGGUUUGGUUCAAUUUACUGUGUAUUUUUGUCCCAUACAUUUAGCUCUAUUGAACGACAAUUACUUUUCUUGAAACUGCUUCCAUGAUAUGAUAAAGCUAAACCCCAUAGUUGCAGUGCUCAUGGAGAUAUCUUUAGUGGUUGUAGAAGUGUUUUUUUUUGCUGGAUUGAGGAAAACAAACGUGUUUCCACCUCAGUGGCGCUGGCUAAGGUGUGUUGAGGAAUUGCCUGCAGGGCAGAGUCAACUACUGGAUGGACACAGACAGCUCUGUACUCUGCUGCUGUCCCCUCCCUAUUCCAAGAAGAAACACCUGUCUCAUUUUCAGUAAAAUAUCAAGUGACACGAAUCUAUUUCAGUGGCAUACAAAACAAAUAAUUGUUUACGAUUCUUGCAAUAGAAAAAAAUUUUUUUUCACUUUGUGAAUGGUAUGUUCCAUCUUUUAUCUCAUGCAAAUAUUCUUACCAUCGCAGUCAGAAGCAUUAUUUGUGUAACAUUCCAGUCAGUAUGUCAGUCCAUGCUGGUGAUGUAACUUCACCACCAUUUGGGUUACAGAAAAAAAAAAAAAAAAAACUUCAUGUUAGCUAAAACUGCUUUCAUCUUACAUCUGCAGACUGAUAUGCCAGUUUUUAGCCCCUUGUUUAUUAUGUGGUCA